AUGGGUCCCCAGAUAUCCUGCGUGCAGAAGUAUGUUGGCGGCAAGGCGUUUUUCACUCCCAAGAAAAAAAGAAAAAAAAAGUCUUUCCACCACACGGAGAAAUACCGAAGCAGAAGGAUAGCAGCCACCCAUCUUUUUUUGUGCAUUUAUACCUACUCUCCAUCAUUGGCUUCUCAUCACCCGGAAACUCCCCCCCUCGGGCCUUGUGUAACCGUCCGAACUCUCGGCAAGUGUGCGUGUGUAUGUGGGUGCGUGGAUGUGUGCGUAUCUCACUAUUCGGGCCUUUCGAUGACGUGGUGUGCUGAAGGCAUCCUGUCUGUUUUCAGCAUAUCAGACAAUGUUUUCGUUUUCCAUCCUAUUCUCCCCCCCCCCCCCCAUCCUUGUUUUCUUUUCCUUAGAUCCUCCUUGGGGUCCUUUUGUUCCUCUGUCUUGUCUCUGGUUGUCUGGGCCACCUCGUGGUUGCAAAACCUUACCAAAGUGGCAAGAACAGUUGUACUCACGUGUCCGAUGAGCCACCACUGA